AUGUUUUUGAUGAGACUUAGAAGAAUAACUAUUCGAUUUCCAAAAUUAUUCAAUUUAUUUUUACUUUUUAUUAUUAUUGCACUUUACUACUUAUUUGUAAUUUUAAUAUUAAAAAAAUCUAAUUAUUCUUUAUUGGAGAACAAAGAAAUUAAUGAAAAAAAUGUAAAAAUAUAUUUAACAAAUACAACAUUAACAAAAUUUAAUCAUGAAGAAUGUGUGAUUCCUAAACUUGACAUGUGGUCUGAACAAAUAAAAAAGUUUUAUAAGGAAAAAUUUAAUAUUAAUUGUAAGGAACAUACUUAUGAUUGGGUUUUUUUUAAAAAUCAACAAUUAUUUGUUAAUAAAGAAAGUCCUAUGAAAGAGAAUGAUUUUUAUUGUAAUAUUACAAGUAUUAUUUUUGUUGAUGAUUAUAAUAUAAGAAAAAGUAUUAAAGUAAUUGAUACAUUUCCAUAUAAAAACUUUGAGAGUGACUUCUUUCAUAUUCAUUGUUACUCCAAAAAAAAUAAUAAUAAAUGGGAUAAAUAUUUUAUGAGAAGUAUUGUAUUUAAAGAAAAUAUAGAAAAAUUAAAUAAAAAAAUGGAUCAAAAUUUAAAUGUUCAUAUAAUUAGUUAUGACUCAUUAUCACAAAUGGCUUUUAGAAGACUUUUACCAAAAACUGUCAAAUAUUUUGAAGAUACUAUGAAAGGAGUUAUUUUAAAUGGUUAUAAUAUUGUUGGUGAUGGAACACCACAAGCAUUUAUUCCUAUUUUGACAGGAAAAACAGAAAUUGAACUUCCAGUUACAAGAAAAACUGAAAAAGAUUCAAUGUAUGUAGAUGAAGCAUAUGAUUUUAUAUGGAAUAAAUUUGCUAAACAUAACUAUAUUACAGCAUAUGGUGAAGACGCAUUUAAAAUAGGAACUUUUCAAUAUAGAUUAAAUGGUUUUAAAAAUAAACCAGUUACUCAUUAUACAAGACCAAGUUUUCAAUACACUGAAUCAUUGUUUGGUGAUGACUGUUUUGGUCAAACACCUCAACAUAAAGAAUGGUUAGACUAUUCUACUAGUAUAAUUGAAGCAUACAAUCAAAUUAACAUUUCUCGGUUUACUUUACUUCAUCAUAGUGCAUUGACACAUGAUUUUACAACAAAAGUUUCAAAUGGUGAUGAAGACUUGUAUAAUAAUAUAAAAUAUAAUUUUGAAAAUAAUAAUUUUGAAAAUGAUGUUGUAAUAUUAAUGGCAGAUCAUGGUCAUAGAUUUGCUAAAUUUAGAGAAACACAUCAAGGACAAUUAGAAGAAAGACUUCCAUUUAUGGGUAUUUUUUUACCAAAAAAAUUUAGAAAUACUUCAAAAGGAAAAUUAUUUUAUGAAAAUUUAAUAUUUAAUCAAAAUAGAUUGACGACACCUUUUGAUUUACAUGAAACAUUACUUGAUAUAUUGUCACCACCUGAUGAUAUAGUUUUACAAAAAAUUCAAGACAGCAAAAAAAGAGGAUUAUCACUUUUUAAAAAAAUAUCAAAAAAUCGAUCAUGUUUUGAUGCAGGUAUAGAAGUACAUUGGUGUACAUGUUUACAAUGGACAAAUAUUUGGAAUAAACCAUUAUAUCAAUCAGCAGUUCUAGCAACAGGAAAAAUAUUUGUUCAAGAAGCUAAUAAACUUCUUAAACCAGAAAUAUCAUUGUGUUCUCCAUUAAAAAUUGAUUCUAUUUUGGAGGCAUCAUGGCUUGUUCCUAACUUAAAAAUGAUUCAUUAUAGGGGUUCAUUAGACAAGGAUGGUUUCAUACCAGAUACUACGGGUAAAACAAUUAUCUCAAAAGCUUUUUUAAAAAUUAAAUUAUUAACACAACCUAAUAGAGCUAUUUAUGAAAUAACGGUAUUAUUCAAUUUUGAAAAUAAUGAAAUGGAUAUCAAUAUGUGGACUGUCAGUCAUAUAAAUAAAUAUGGAGAUAAUCCUCAUUGUAUUAUAGAUAGGAUUUACAAAUUAGCUACCUAUUGUGUAUGCUAUGAUAAAAUUAUCAAUACUCAUAGUAUUACAUAA